ACGGGUCUGGGGAAGUCCACCCUCAUGGACACGUUGUUCAACACCAAGUUUGAGGGUGAGCCCACCCAGCACAACCAGCCGGGAGUCACGCUCAAGUCCAACACCUAUGAGCUCCAGGAGAGUAAUGUGCGCCUCAAACUCACCGUUGUCAACACUGUGGGCUUCGGAGACCAGAUAAAUAAAGAGGACAGUUACAAGUCUAUCGUGGAGUUCAUUGAUGCCCAGUUUGAAGCAUAUCUACAAGAGGAGCUGAAAAUCAAGCGCACGCUACACAGCUACCACGACACGCGCAUCCAUGCGUGCCUUUAUUUCAUAGCUCCAACGGGACACUCGCUCAAGUCCCUGGACUUGGUGACCAUGAAGAAACUUGAUAGCAAGGUCAACAUCAUCCCAAUCGUUGCCAAAUCGGACGCCAUUUCCAAGAGCGAGCUGGCAAAGUUCAAAAUCAAAAUCACGAGCGAGCUGGUCAGCAAUGGAGUCCAGAUCUACCAGUUUCCCACUGAUGACGAGUCUGUGGCAGAGAUUAAUUCCACCAUGAACAGCCAUUUGCCAUUUGCCGUGGUGGGGAGCACAGAGGAAGUAAAGAUUGGGAACAAGAUGGUGAAGGCCCGGCAGUACCCCUGGGGGACGGUGCAGGUCGAAAAUGAGAACCACUGCGACUUCGUCAAACUGCGAGAAAUGCUGAUCAGAGUGAACAUGGAGGACCUGCGAGAGCAGACUCACACGCGUCAUUACGAGCUCUACCGCCGCUGCAAACUGGAGGAGAUGGGCUUUAAAGACACAGACCCCGACAGCAAGCCCUUCAGUCUGCAGGAGACAUACGAAGCGAAGAGGAACGAAUUCAUGGGUGAGCUUCAGAAAAAGGAGGAAGAAAUGAGGCAAAUGUUCGUCCAAAGAGUCAAAGAAAAGGAGGCAGAGCUCAAAGAGGCAGAGAAAGAGCUGCACGAGAAGUUUGACCGCCUGAAGAAGCUCCACCAGGACGAGAAGAAGAAACUGGAGGAGAAGAAGAAGUCCCUGGACGACGAGCUCAACAUGUUCAAACAGAAAAAGACUGCUGCAGAGCUCUUGCAGAACCAAGCGCAGCAGGCAGGGGGCUCCACCACACUCAAGAGGGACAAAGAGAGGAAAAACUGAUGUGACGCCGUGCCUCUUAGAAAAGGAAGAAGACACUUGCACUGAGAAGCUUAGGAUUCCUGUAGAAAAAGUGCUCCCUUGUGGCCAUCCUGCUGUGAAUGAGUUUCCACCCCAUCAUCCUUUUUUACAGUCCCCGUCCCCCUCCCUCACCCCUCACCCAUCCCCCAUAAUUCAACCCUCCACAUGCCCACCUGCUCUCUGGAAGACGCUGGGCAUUGCUAUCAGUUUGACACCACCUUUUUUUUGUUUUCUUUUUUCACUGAGUGAUGCUUGUCUGUUUUUUUAUGGUUUUUACAAGCAAUUAUUCAGCUUGUCUUUUUAUACGAAUUUACAAAAAUAAUGCAUUCCAUGUGUUUUAUAUUCAGCGAUUAAUUGCAUGAUGGAGUGAGCUUUUUAAAAUAUUAACAUACAUGACUACUGUUGUGAUGGGCAGAAAUGUGUUGAGAGUAAAGUGAAACAUGCAUCAGAUGAUGGGACUUGAGUUUGUUUGUGGUCUGCAGUAGAUUAAAGAAUUAAGAUGGUUGAGGGAUUGAUGCGAGGAUGGAUUAAGUUAAUGUUGAUCCAUCUUCAGAUUAAAGCAAUCAGCUUAAUGUGUUUCUUAAUUUUACUGUAACAGCAGUUUCUAAAAAUAAGUACUUAUCUUGACAUUGUAAACAAAAAUUACCAACAUACUUGUUAGUAAUUAGUCAUUGGGCUAGAUAUAAUCUGGUUGAUUUUGGCUACACACACAGUUACCAUAGUAACAAGCAGUGCAGUUUAGUACUGCAGCAACAGUUGAGCUACUACUUUGUCAGAAACACAACAGAAGAGCGACAGGUGUAUGUUCACAGUCAAAACAAACACAUGGCUAGUCCAACACUUCAUUCAUCAUGUCACGAGUAUGCACAUGUUAUGACGAGUUACAUUUUUUUAAACAAUGCUUGUAAAUAACAGUAUUUUUUUUUGUACACAUUUUUGAGCAGCCCUCUCUGUUAGCCUUAAUGGAGUGCUCCAGGCGUGGUGUUUUUCUGUUGGCUGAUGCUGACGUUAGUGUCGUCCGGUGUCCUUAUGAAUUCAGAUAUAUAGAAAAAAAUUUAAGAAAGUUCAGAGGAGAGUUAGUAAACUCACUCCAGGUCUGAAAGAGAUGACAUAUGAGGAGAAGUCAAGACAAAGACAUUGACCAACUGUAACAUACAGGAGACGCAGAGGCUACUUGAUUGAGUUUUAUGAGCUCGUUCACAGAAUAUAUGAUUUCAGCUGAGUCUGUUAUCCACUUUUGGAAUAAUAGAUAUGAUUUAAAAGAGAGAACUUUUUAAAAUUACUUCCACUGGGGCCCCUGAUGGCUCAGGGGACAGAACAGGCACCCCGUGUGUAGUGGCUGUAUCCUCGCCGCAGCAGCCGCGGGUUUGAUUCCGGCUUCACCCUCUCUCGCUCCCCCUUUCACACUCACAAAAAAUAUCUUUAAAAAAUUACUUCCACUAAGGUGGUUCUCUAGAAUGAGAAAAAACAUCACCCUUUUUGCAAUAAAAGCACGGAAUGAGCUUUUAGAGGACGUAGUGUGGAGUUCAUUUAACUCAAAAACAGUCUGGAUAAAUUCUGGUCAACAAAGAAAAUUUCAAAUCUGAUUUGUGACUUGGUGCACUUGUGUAAUUAUUGUGUUUACAUUGUGAUAUUGUUUUGUUGUAUGGUUUGUUUGUUGUAGUUGGAGAGUCUGGUGGAUUUAUGUUUGCUAGAAAAAAAAAUCAUAAAAUUUCAUUAAUUAAAUGACAAGCGCAGAUAAAUCAACACAAUAUCAUUACAGGAUCAUAAUGGAGUCGCACAAUGUAAUCCACCUCAGGAAUGGCAGACCCUGCCACUAACAGUGUAGACUAUAAUUGCAGAAUUUAAAUCAUUGCAAAAAAAUGCAGACCAUAAAUAGUAUAAUGUAACAGAAAUCUAAAAUAUAACCUCAUAGAGACUCUCAGCCAUAUCACUUCAGCCAUGUGUAUAUUAGACAUUAAAUCCAGUAAAAAUAAUUUAGAUAUUGAAUUUGUUUUGGUAUUUAUGUCCCAUUGCUGAUGCUGUUUCACUUUAGCCAGAUGCAUGAGUAGUUGUGAGCCUAAUCUCUUUUCCACUUCUCCCGUACCUCGUUUAUUGUCAUGUGUUAUGUGCAUACUUGUAUUAGCUUUCACAUUUGCACUUUUUUUAUACACAAAUGUGAUGUUUUUAAGUAUAUAUAUAUAUACGUAUAUAUAUAUUAAUGUUAUCAGUGCAAUUGUAACUUUCUUUUUAUUUCACAUUUUAUGAAGGCACAUUUAAAAGUCAGUCAUUAUGAUGUCCAUUUGUCCUGCAGGGUCCAGUGUUGUUUGUAUCAAUGUUACACAAAAAAAUAAAUAUUAUCUCAAAAGAAAAUAAACCCCAAUUUUACACACCAAAUAUUA